AUUUAAGUAUUUUACAGUGUUAGUCCUGUAGAGAGCGGUAGAUCGUUUUAUUAAAUUGUUUUAUACGCUCCCUGUGGUACUGUACAUGAUUGGGACCGGGGAGGGAGGAGCGAUUGUAGUAUUUCUCUUCAUUUCAAAUCCCUGUCGUGGCAGCACGGGCAAGGCAGAGGACUUUUCUUCCCUUCAAACUAAGGGGAAAACCCACCACCGAGAGCCUAGUGCACGUCCUAAAGAGCAAACGGAGGACUUUGGGAGGAGGAAACAGUAGUUUGAAGGCACGCUGCGGUGGUAUCGGCUCGCUGUGUGCACUAGUGUCUCCACACUUGCACUGGAUACACGAAGCAGGACGUUUCCACUUCUCUGCGACUCGCAGGAUCCCCGCGAUCUCCCUGAAACCCGACAAACGUUCACACGAACAAAUUCUCCUUUUGGAUGGGUAUGGUCCAUUCUGCCUCUAGACCAGCUUCAGCUGUCAAGAUGCAUCUUCUUUAUUCUAAGGCGUAAAUGUCUGCUUGAGAUAUUGAAUCUCUGGAAGACAGGCACUUUCAAGCAAGGACGGCGGCCUACAGUUCCAGCAGACCCAGACCUGGUCAAAUCAUUAACCAGAAACAAAGCACAACAGGACAUUGACCUCAUCACAUAUUACUGCAUUAUCACUGGCCGUCUGAGUUGGAGAGUGAGGUGGGCUUGUUUGCGAGCGUCGCUCCACAGAGCCGUCCGAUGACUGUCUGACUCAUCACAACCCGCGAAUGACAGGCGUGCAUUCGAAGGUGGGGCCCGCCUCAGUCUCACAUGAUUGGCUGCUGGAUGGAAAUAAGGUGAAUGGAACACAUGCCCAAGGAGCAGGACCCAAACCAAUCAGAGGGAGAAGAGAAACGGUGGCUCGAUGGCCCGAAAAGGAAGAGAAAGAACAGCCAGUGUUCGGUGAAGAGCAUGUCUGGGUACAUCCCCAGCUAUCUGGAGAAGGAUGAGCCGUGUGUGGUGUGUGGAGACAAAGCUACCGGCUAUCACUACCGCUGCAUCACCUGCGAGGGCUGUAAGGGAUUCUUCAGGCGCACCAUCCAGAAGAAUCUCCACCCCUCUUACUCCUGUAAAUACGAUGGCUGCUGCAUCAUCGACAAGAUCACCCGCAACCAGUGCCAGCUGUGCCGCUUCAAGAAGUGCAUCGCCGUGGGCAUGGCCAUGGAUCUGGUACUGGACGACUCCAAGCGGGUUGCGAAGCGGCGCUUGAUUGAGGAGAACCGUGAGAAGCGGAAGAAGGAGGAGAUGGUCAAAUCCCUGAAGAAUCGGCCAGAACCCACCAGCUCAGAGUGGGAGCUGAUCCGUAUGGUGACAGAAGCUCACCGCCACACCAAUGCACAGGGCUCUCACUGGAAACAGAAACGCAAGUUCCUGCCGGAGGACAUCGGACAGUCUCCGGUGGCCCCCACAUCAGACGGGGACAAAGUGGAUUUGGAGGCCUUCAGCGAGUUUACCAAGAUCAUCACCCCAGCCAUCACACGUGUUGUUGACUUUGCCAAAAAACUGCCCAUGUUUUCGGAGCUGCCUUGUGAGGAUCAGAUCAUCUUGCUGAAGGGCUGCUGUAUGGAGAUUAUGUCCCUACGUGCUGCAGUUCGGUAUGACCCAGAAAGUGAGACCUUGACCCUAAACGGAGAGAUGGCUGUCAAACGAGAGCAGCUAAAGAAUGGAGGGCUGGGCGUUGUGUCUGAUGCCAUCUUUGACUUAGGCAAGAGUCUGGCGCAGUUCAACCUGGAUGACACAGAGGUGGCCCUGCUGCAGGGCGUACUGCUUAUGAGCUCAGAUCGAACAGGCUUGACAUGUGUGGAGAAGAUCGAGAAGUGCCAGGAGAUGUACCUCCUAGCGUUCGAACACUACAUCAACUAUCGCAAGCACAACAUUCCUCAUUUCUGGCCCAAGCUGCUGAUGAAGGUGACGGACCUGCGCAUGAUCGGAGCCUGCCACGCCAGUCGCUUCCUGCACAUGAAGGUGGAAUGCCCCACUGAACUCUUCCCCCCACUUUUCCUGGAGGUCUUCGAGGAUCAGGACGUGUGACGUCCCAGCGAGCUGCGGCAGGAGAAUCAAUAUUUUGUAACCCGUGUUCCUCAACCUGUCUCACCACUCUCCAUGCACCAAACUCACCAGCAGCAGCUGCAUUGGCAGGGGUCAUCUGCCUUUGGUCAUCAAGGAUUUUUUCUUUUCACAGAAAACUCAGCCCUCCCUCAUCCACUAAAUUCCCCAAGCGUGGCCCUUCUGUCUCGGCAUGAUGUCUUAUACUGGUUUACCAACACCUUAGACACAGAAUAUACAUCUACACUCACACACACACACACUCCUGUAAUUGUGCUUACAGAUGCAGUACUCAUGCGACUCAAAUCCUCAGAUGAGCUUGUAUGCAUUUGUACACGUAUAGACUGCACUACUGUCACGCCACCACUGGAGGCGCCCUCUGCUAAGACUGGAUGGCAGCUGGCAUAUAGAUUCCUCCGCCAGGUCGUGAAGUGGUCAGUUCAUUUCAUUGAUUUGAAAUCUCAGCGUUCUCGUGAGAUUAACCGUCGGUAUCUCAAGCUUUGCGCUAACAUGGAUCUUCUUUUAACAGACCUCAUGAUUCUCUUCGAUAUUGAGCCUGUGUGUGGAGCGGGAGGAAUUUUUUUGAACCAAAUCAGGUGCUAUAUUUAAAUAAAGCUACUCAAAAUGAUUUGGGACUUUUCGAGAAUAUACCCCCCUCCCUUCUCUGUAGGACACGGACCUUUGAAAGCUCUCGGUCGCCAUUUUAGUGCUCAUUCAGGGGUGCUGCUCAGUGACUUUGUGUGCGGUUCAUUCUUGCCAUUGUCUGGGCUUAUUUGUGGGCUCCUUGAGCCCCUCUUUGUCCCAGGAAAGUCACGCAGAGACAUGGAAAUCCAGGCACCCCUACACCUCCAAUCUGCACUGAUUUGUGUGUUUUACAGAUGUCGGGAGGGAGCCAGUAUUAACGUACUCCCAGACCCAGCACACACACACACACAACGUACUAAAACACGCACCUCAAAACUCGAAUGCCUCAUUUUUACUGUAUGCACUGCAGUGCUGUAGUUCUGGACUCCCAUGCAGGGCUUUGAGAGUUCAGUCCAGCCCAUCUGUGUUCUGCUCAGAUGCUACUGUUGCCCGGUCUGUGCGAACACACCCGCACACUCCUGAUGGGCCACGGUGGAUUGGCUGUCGUUGAUGUUUUUUCUUUGUGUUGUUUUUGUUUUACCUCAAAUGUGGGCACACCUCCGGCUGGCUGUAGCUCUUAGACUGCCUCUGUGCUAACAGGUUCUACCUCACCUCUGGACACAGGGCAGCUACCCUCAGCCACACACACACACACACACACACACAUUUACACACACACUCGUAUUCUCACACACUGACAGCCAGGAUAGAAACACUUGCAGACACAGUUUCUUCUCAGUUACGUUGAAAAACCACUGUAGACAGGAGGGCCUGCCAUUCCUCAUCGUAGCUUGUCAGUUCUCUUCACUCUGGGCUGAGAGAGAAAACAAUUCUGGAUGGGCUUUUUUUUUUUUUUUUCGUGUGGGACCAAGUGUCACUACGAUUUCCAUCAAAAUGGAAGCUGGUUUUCAGCAGACGGCGAACUAAACCGUACAUGACGCUGACUACGAAGAGGAGCCGUGGAGAGAACUACAGAUGAAGGACCUGAGGUGGCCAGGCCUGAACCGAAUGGGUCUAUCGUUGUUUCCUUUUUUGAAUACCAAGCAGUAAUUUGCAAAGCGGAGCUAGGUGUCAGCUGGUUUCUUCAGGGUGGGGCAGGGGACGCGGGAAGGCUAGCAGUUGAAUGAGAGCACUUAGCUUUGAAAGAGCCAAAUCUUCAGAGACGAUUCAACCCGUGGCACUUUUUAAGGAGUUUUUGCACUAAAGCAUGAUGGGUCCCACCCUCCAGCUCCUCCAGCUCAAUCGCAUGUUUUCCAAGGACACGCCCCCAACCUCUCUGUCAAACAGAGGCCACACCUUCAUGUGCUCCUGAGCACACCCUCAGAGUCAGUAUUAAGUCAAGCAACGUCCUCAACAAAUGAUGAAACGCUCAAACACAUAUUUGCGAAUAGACCUCUGUGUCCCCGCCCCCUCAAAGCCACAAGUGGCUUGAGACGAACACCUAACAGAAACGGGCCUUUCCUUUGUGAGACAAAGGAGCGGCCAAGCCAUGCAAAGAAUGGCAGCACCGAAUGAAUGUGAACGAGGAGCAGCAGAAUGACAGAGCCAGGACAAGGAGUUGCUCUAUAAUGAGGUUCCGAAGGAAGACAGCCAAUUAGAACGAGAGCAACUGUGAGCAUUCCGUAAACACCCAGCAUGGAGUUCCAUCUUGGAAUAGGAGUGACGCAGCAGUGGUUGCGAUUGGCUGAUGGAGUGAAUGCAAGGGUUUCGAUGCUGCUUUACCUUCUAAUUUUAUUUGAGAGAGAUAGAAAAAGAAAAAAAAAAAGAUAUAAGAGAAUUACAAACCCAGAAAACAAAUAAAAUAAUGACUCCGGAACAAAGAGUUCAAAUCUCGGAGCUUGAGCUGUUCAUUUCUUUCUUUUUGUUUUGAACUGAAAUGUGUGUGUUCGUUUUCAAUGCUUAACUGCUCUAUGUAAGAGAGAAAAACAACAGCCGUAGUCACUUUUUGACCAUGCGUGCAGUGUAAACUAGAGAAUUUCACCUCUUUUUCACCUCACUAUAGUUUGUAAUGAUAAGUCGACUGCUCUGUUUGUCUGUGUAUCUGUCCUUCGUCUUUUUAUCAAGAGGAAUUUACAAGAAACAGGAAUAUUUUCUUUUUUAUAUUUUGUUUUCUUUUUUUAAGAAGACUUAGAAAAAACCAUGAGAAAUAAUGCAACAGAAACUGAAAAGAAAAAAAAAAAAAAAACUGAAACACAAUCUACUCAUACCUCACACAACACAAAGCUUAAAUGAACUUGGGAGGAGUGCUUAUCUGUGUGGCACUUGUGUCAAAGUGCGUCCAGUGCAUGUGUUGAACUGUACGAUGGGGUGUAUGUGCGCAUGAGCGUUCAUGCGAUCGCGGAAGCACACUGCCCCCUCCUUCAACCUCGAAAGCCCAUCUGUUUCAGAUUUGCACCAGUUGCAUGCAUUAGCCUCCGUUUGCGAACGGUGUCACCAGCGCUGAUGCGACGGGCCGUGAUGGGAGCGGACGGGAUGCGGUGUGGCUGGAAGGCUGGAAAGGGAGUCGUGUGCAUCCGUGACAGCAGAGAGCGCUUCGUGGUAUUGAAUGUAGCUGACAGGACUGGGCUGGAACCGAGCCCGGGAACUAGAACCUCACUUCAGGUCACCAGCAAGAGUGGACAGUGCUGUCAAAAUGAUGUUACACAAACAGCUUACUAAGCGUAUAUUGCCCGCAUUCAAGGUGCAAUACUUGUGUUUUGUUUUGUUUUUCUUUUUUGUACUUUUACAAGAUUUUUGGCCAUAACCAAGGAUGUAAAUACAAAACGAAAAGAUAUUGAAAGAUUAAAUCACUAUGUGUUAACCAUAUGCAACCGUCACAUACUGGAUGUCGAGGCCAGAGCGCGGCCGGCUGAUCCCACCGUUUUUUGUAAAGUAAAUCUGCUUACGUAGCUCUGUAAAUGCUUCACACAUCUGUACGUGUGCUUUUGAGCACUCGCAAACGUGCAUGUUCAAUACAAAUAUGAAGAAGAAGUGCCCCAUGAAAUUAACAAUCUAACCCUGUGCCUCCGCAACCCUCUGCCCCGCACUCAAACGGCUCUUUCCGACAGGGUAGCUAGAUGUACAUUUGUUCGCUAGGUCAGAUUGCUGGUAGAGACGUACAGUAGGUGGGUAAUGUCUGGUACCCAGAAGCACUUAGCUGGCCUCACUACUGCCAAUCAGUUUCCUCAGAGGAGAACAGUAGAUACUGGUUUUGUUUCGCUUUGGUGGUGAUGUAGUUUUGUUUCUCGCCCCUAUUUUUAUUUUUUUUUUGUACCAAAUUUUGUUAUCUUUUUUUUUUUCUUUAGAGAAAGACAAAAAAACGCCCAGAAGCAAGAAUGUCUAUGCAAUGCUAAACCCUCUGAUAGCAUGAUGACUGUGUCAUUGAUCCCUGAUUAGCGGACAUGCUUCUAAACACUCCCCCUGCCAGAGUCCCACCCACCGCAACUGCAUGAGCCUCAGUCAGUUUGUCUGUUCAUCAGUCAGUGUAAUAGUGAAGGGAAGGAUGGCCCUUACUGCUGCCUGAUACCUGCUUUGUCAAACCUCACGAACAUUUGAGGGCGCUAGUUCAACUUUCCACUCAUCUCCGAUGAUGUCAUCCGCUGUCGAGGGACUGCAUUUGUGUUUCUAUGUAUGUGUUUGCGUCGAAUGCUCUCAUGGUUCGGUGGAUUGGUACUACCUGCGGCAUUUCGUACGUUCAGAAUGAAAAUUUGUUUUGUAGAUAAUUUGUAAUAUUUUUAUUAAUAUUCUUUUGUCAACCAAGAAAUGUUUUUGAGUUGGCCUCUCAGCUGUGUAACUGAAUCUCAGACCAAACUCAGUCAGUUAAAGCUGAAGCGUGUCUUUUUUUUUUCUUAAUAUGCAAAAUCAACUACUUUAUAUGUUAAAAUAUUUGAGUACUACACAGAGAUUACUACAAGUAAGCCAUUUCUAGGCUGAUUUCACCAAAAACUGUAAACACUGUCUCUGAGGCACUAUCAAAACAUUUUACCCACCUGGCAACAGCUCAACCAAUGGUGUGAGUUUGAGGCGGGGCUAUCAUUUUUAUCUAGCCAAUAGCAGAAGAGGGGAGUGUUUUGGAAACCUGCAGUUCCAUUUAAUGACACUAGUGGAACAGAAAUCGCACACUUCAGCUUUAACACAGUAUGCGAAACCCCAAAUGAUACGGAAGCGUGCUAUUUUUGAACAUUUGAAUUUGAUUGACCGCCCACGCCACUGUGAUGUCAAAGCCCUCAUUUUCUCUGUUUUCUUUAAAUGCGAGUAUCUUCAUUUGAUUGGACUCUGUUUGUGAAUAUGAACAAGUGCUCAUGUGGAAAAUGCACCCAGCCAUGAGAGUGUGAGCAGAGAGCGGGGAUGAUGUCCAUACCACAGCUGUUUUAAAUGAGACUGGAAAGGAAAGCUAUUGAAGGAUUCUCUCAGGUAUCAACAAAAUAAAAAAAGACAAAAAAAAAAAAAGGAAAUAUAACAAACUUUUUUUUUAAUAAAUGUUGAAAAAUUCCA